UUUUGCCUCCUAAUAGCAAACGUUAUCGAUAUUGCAGCUGUAUAGUGACAUGAGCUAUGAGCUAUAGCUCUUGAUGGAGUCUGUCUCUUGUCAGACGAUCACAAAAGUCAUUACAUAGCAUCCUGUGUUGUUGGUAAGUAUCGAUAGCACGACUACCUCUAAAAGGCUAUACAACUAUCUGCUUUACCGCAGAUACCAAAGCACAUUCGCCUUGAUGACCUGUGAGACCUGCAACAACAGUGGCUUGGAAGGCGACUUUCAUUCUAAAGCACUUGUCAGGCUGCGGUACCGAGCGUGCAACUCAUUGGCAUGGAUCUGAAUCACUCCUCCGCCUCGGUUGAGGCAUCCACACGCUGUGCCCUAGAUAAUCCGUCGCUGCCAAAAUCCAGGGGAGUCAAACAGCCUCCUGAUGAAUCUUCCGGUAUCCUCCUGAAGCAUAAUGAUCCUUCACUCACCCAUCGGAGCUCUUCGGGCAUCAAGAUCAUCCUUCCAACGGGAGACAUAGUCAUUGAGUACCUGGACCCCGAAACGGUGGCGGCCUCUCCAUCCAGAGCUGUGGUCCAUCGGUGGCGAGUGUCCAGCAGUGAUAUCAUGCGCAAUAGCCCAUACUUUAGGGCUCUCUUGGACCCGCACAAGUUCGCGGAAGGCAAGAACCUGAUACACCAGAAGAUCCAAACCCAGCAGCUAGCCUCCGAAUCUACGGUUAGGAGCCUAGACUCUCCCGACGACGAGCAAGCCUGGAACACGGAUGAAUUGCCGGUCGUUCGACUUCCAAGCGAUCACUUCUCCUCGCGUCUCGGAACGGAUGCCAUUGAGCUCUUUCUCGAGGUUCUGUCCUACGACUCAUAUGAUGACGAACAACAGCGCACGUUUGACGCUAGACUCAGAGUGCAGCCUGUGUCCCUUGUCUCGAGAUUGGUGGAACUAGCUGAUGCUUUCAACUCACCACAGGCCGUUCAGAAAGCUCUGAAACGCUCAGGUUAUGCUUUUGGCAAGGGGAAGGUCCCUCUCACCAGGUUCGAUGCAGCCUCCUUGUUGAAGCUGCCCGAGGAUCGGAUCCGCCAGACCAUAUUCGUGGCUCGAUUUCUCAACGAGCAUGCCAUUGUUCAGGUGUACACCCAUACACUCGUCGUGAUGGGGUCUAAAUAUUGGUCGAACGGCGUCGUUGAAGGCCCUGAAACUCCCACGUUUCCCUGGCGGUAUCUCACUGGUGGAAUAGAAGAGGAACUUUACUUUCGUCGACAAUGCGUCCUCAACACGAUAACCGACCUGCAAGCCCACUUCCUCCGUGCCUACGGAGCUCUCGAAGACCCGACAGACGACGCCUACCCUUCCGGCACAGCAACAACAUCCACAUCUACGGCCACCACAACCACGGCAGCAACCCCCCAACCCCGACCCCCAUUCUCUUUGCCGGCCACCUCUACCACCCUCCACCCCCGCCACUUCCAAUGCCGCUACGGCUUCGCCAACUCCAGCGCCUGCGACGCCUUCCAUCUAGGCCAAAUGACGCGCUUCUUCGCCUUACGCACCAAGACCAUCUUCCUCGGCUCCUCCCUCAUCGACGACCCGGACUUUCUUCUCGCACUGGAUGAUGAAGACCACGAUAAUGACGAAGCUGAUGAUGAGGAUGAUGAGGAUGCCAACCUAAGAGCCGAUCACCCACCACCUCCCAUCCCACAACAACAACAACAACAACAACAACAACAACAACAACAACAACAACAACAACAAACAAAUAUAGCCACACUCCUCGCCUCCCUCAAACAGUGCCCGGACUACCAGAUCGACACCAACCACACGGGCUGCGGCAUCCGCCGCCGCUUCCUUCCGCCGCUGGACUGCAUCGAGCGAUUCGUCGGCGACGCCCGCGGCCUGCUGGGUGUUACUCUCGCGCGACCGUCAUCGUCAUCAUCCUCCAUCUCCUCGCAGGGGAGUGGUUGGGCCCCGACGACGCGGUGGACCGUGACUCCCGGGUCGUGGGCGAACCGGUCACGUCCGCGCGCGUUGGUGCUAGAUGUGCAUUUGUCGCGGAUCAAUGCUAUCCCCGUGCUGGCGCGUGGGAGUGGGAGGAAGGUCGAGCGAGGGGUCCGGGUGGGCAGCUCGCAGGAGGAGAAUGCGAGGUUGUUGUUCACGGCGCGGAGGCGAAAUUGGGAGGCUUAACUUCUUCUCGCUCUCUCUCUCUCUCUCAUUCUGUUCCCCACUUCUCUACUCGGUAUACUUGGCGAUCACAACGGUUGUUUCCUGGUUCAUGGUUUGUAUUGUGGAAGAUGGAUUAUAUUUUGAUAGAAAGUGGGUGUGUACAGUUUCCUGUAUAUAGUGUCGGAUUGGACGUUUCUAUUUUGGCGGAAAGGGAUGUUGCGCAUCGCGCCGGCCCGAUUUUGGAAUAUAUGGUUGGGGUCUGGGCUGGGUGUACCUCAAUGCACUAAGUUGGGUGCAGGGCAGGGACCAUGCAACGGUGUAUAUGACGUUGUAUAUACGACGUUGUAUAUACUCAUAGAAUAGAAGCCGAGAAAGAAAUUUAGAAUCAAGGACAUGCAAAU